AUGCAGGUCAAGGUAGACCCCAGUCUUUCGGUCACCAAACGCAGCGACAUCUAUCCUGCCAUAGAUCCUGCGUCUGCCUUCGCCAAUAAGACUUUUGCGGGAAAGACGGUGCUCAUCACCGGGGCUUCCAGGGGCAUCGGUCAGAGUACCGCUGUCUUCUUCGCCAAAGCUGGUGCAGCCGUGGCGCUCACCGCGCGUUCGAGCCUUGAUGAGACCGUCGCGCUUAUUGAGAAAGAGGCGCCGGGCGCACAGGUUGCAACAUUCACUGCGGAUGUCAAGGAUGUCCAGCGUGCGGACGAGGUUGUGGCGCAAGUUGUUGAGCAGUUCGGCGACCUGCACGUCCUGGUCGCGAACGCCGGCGCAGCCACUCCUCUUGGACAACUCAUGGGCGAUAUAGACCCCAAGGUCUGGUGGAACGUUUUCGAGACGAAUAUAUAUGGCGUGUAUUCUUACGUCCGGCCUUCGCUGAAGCAUCUUGCGAAGACAUCCGGCCACGUCCUCAUCGUUACGAGCGCGGCUGCUCACAUGCGUCUCGCGACGACUUCAGACUAUAUCAUGAGCAAGCAAUCGUUGAUCCGCAUGGCGGAGCUCAUAACGCUCGAGUACCCUAGUAUCAAGGCAAUGACCUAUCACCCAGGAGGAGUCUGGACUGCGAUGUCGGCUGCUAGUGGUCUGUCACAGGACUUCAUGCAGGACAAGGUCGAGCUUGCUGCGGGCACGGCGCUCGCCCUUGCCUCGGGACGCUUCGACUGGCUCAGCUCACGCUAUGUUGAUGCAACGUGGGAUCUAGAGGAGGUUGAGAAGUUGAAGGAUGCGAUCCUGGGGAAGGACGCACUGGUCUGUAAAUUGGCUCUGCCUUGA